AUGAAUAUGACUGAGCAUGAGAUAAUAUCUACCUUAAAAGAAGUAUCAUAGCCCAGCAAUUUUUAUCAUGAAAACUCUAUUUAACUUAACUUAUCAUCUCAAAGAUAAGAAAAUCAAUAUGAGAUUUAAAAUGAAGGUGCUAUUAAUAGAAGAAAGAUAUUUUAGAGAGACUAGCAAAUCUAAAAAGACAAUUUCAAAAAAGAUUUUAGAUCAAUUUCUGUUCAGGAUGAAUAACCUUCUUUAUCAGUACAGCAAAGUUUCUUAAUUGAUCCUGAAACUAUCUAGCGCUUUGAUGAAGCUUAAGAUUAGCAAAAGUAGAAUUUAAAUUAUUUGAUUGCCAAUUUAGAAGAUAUUAAUAUUCAGACAGAUAAUUUUACCUUAGAAAGUUAAUUUGUGCAGAAAAAUGUAACUGAAUCAGUUUUCACUCAUCAAAUAUAUGAAGAUGAUUCAAAACAGUCUUGCAAUUAAAAACCUUAGCAUACUCUUUCUAAUAUUUCCAGACCAAGGAAAACAACUAUAUUCUAUGAUUUUUAGUAAAUUAAAAGUAAGAAAUAUGAAGAAAAUAGCUAAAUUUCUUAAAAAAUCUAAAGAAUUAAUGAACACUUUCGCUUUUACAAUAGAUUUCCAAUUACUUAUGAAUUGGUAUAGCUAGUUUCUAUGUUGUUAAUAAUUGCUCAUUUGUUUGGCUGUGGAUUUUAUUACAUAGGAGAUAAUUUAUAAGGAAGUUAUAUAAACUAAUAAAGAUAAACUAACUGGGUUGAAGCUAAUAAUUUAAAGGAUUAAGAUCUAUUUACAAAAUAUUUAACUACUCUUUACUACUGUGUGAUUACUAUGAUAACUGUUGGUUAUGGAGAUAUUACCCCAAUCAGUAUUUAUGAAAAAGCCUAUGUAAUCGGUAUGGCAUUGAUAUCUUGUGGUGUAUUUGCAUAUUCAGUUAAUACAGUCGGAAAUAUCUUUUCAAAAUUAAGAGAAUAAAAUGUCAGCUAUUAGAAAGAAUAAUUUGAACUAAUUAAUUACAUGGAAUUUCGAAACAUUAAAAAGUAAACCUAAAUGAAAAUACUCAAAUAUUUAGAGUAUAUCAAAAAAGGAAAAGAUGAAAACAAAUAUUAAGCUAUGGAAAUAUUAUCACAAUUCCCUUAAAAUUUAAGAGAGGAAGUUUAAAGAGAGUAUUUUUAUAAAAUUCUGAAAGGGGAUUCAUUUUUAGCCAAGCAGUUUAGUGAAAAAUUUUUAAUUUAGCUAAGCUUGAAAAUGAAAGAAAAAACUUAUGGUCCUUGGGAAAAACUAGUUAGCAGAGGCUCACUUAUAGAUAAUCUUUAUUUUAUCAUCAAAGGAUAAAUUGCAUACAGCUCUGAUAAUAGAGAAAAUAAUAAAUUCAUUGUUGAUAUACCAUUUAACAUAACUAUGAUUGACUUUAGACUAUUUGCAUCUCGCAAAAUCCCACAUAUUUCUGUGUCAUGCAAAUCAGUAACUCAAGUAGCUAGCAUCUCAUACUCAGAUUUUGUAGAAAUAAUUAAAUAGCAUGCUCUAGAUUAUGAAAAAUUUUGUUUCUUAAAAGACCAAUAUCUAAAUGAUAGGAGAUAUGAUUAUCCUUGCUUGAGUUGCUCUUUUUAUGGGCACAGCAUUACGGACUGUCCUUAGCUUCACUAUAAAAUUGAAAGUAGCUAAUAUUUCUAUAAAAAAACCUUACCUUCAACUCAAAUCAGAUAAAACUUUUAAAGAUUGGAAAAAAAAAGCCUUAACUCAAUAAUAUAUAAGGCCCUUAUAAGCAAGUGUCUCAAGAGUUUAAGAUUGUAAAAAUUAUCUGAAAAAUAUGAAUCCUUUAAGAAUAUUAAAAUUUUAGAUGAAAUUGAAAAAUAUGAAGAUGAUAAAUUAUUUUUUUUUAAUUUCCCUAAGAUUAUACAAAAUAAAUAUUUGAGAAAAAAGUCAGUUACUUCUAAAUCUUAAUAUAGCUAGAGUAAAUCUGAAGGCAAUGAAUUAGAUGAAACAUCAGAAUGUUCUUAUGAUAAUACAGAGACAUAGGUCAAGUUUCCUUCUGUUUUAUCUUAAGAAAAGAUUAUUUAAAUGCAAAAAAGCUAAUAUAAUAAUAUUAACAUUCCCUCACAUGAUAACAAUUAUUCUGAAAGUUUAAUACCCUAAAUCUUUAAUAAUGCAAAUAUUAGAUUAUAAGACUCUAUAGAAUUAUCAAAUAUGAAUUUAAAAGACGCUCAUUUCGAAUUAAGAGAAUAAGCAAUAAGUGAAAUCUAAGAAAAAGAGACGGAAACCGUAAAUAAUACAAUGACUUAUACAGAAAAUAACAAUAAAAUAACUUCAUCCACAAUAAUUAGUAACGAUCCAUAUUUAUAAAUUAUUGUUAACUAAAACUAAAAUACAAAUGCAAGUAAAAGUGCUUUUUAGAAUGAAGCAAAUGAAGAAAAGUUUUAAGGUCAAUAUACAGAAAUUAAAAGAAGAAAAGUUUCUAGAGAUUCAAGUUUAAAUUUCUAGACUGUACAAAAGUAAAUAAAACAUGACAUAUUAGAAAGUAUGAAACAAAUGUAAGACUUAUUGGUUUCUUUAAUUAAUGAUCGUAACAAAAAAAAAAGAUUUACAAAAAAUAAGUUUUCCAUAAAUAUUUAAAACUAAAGAAAGAAUGCUCUUCUAUCUUCACCAAAUAUAGUCCCUCAAUAAGAAGAUAUUGAUGAAGAAUAAUUAACCUAAUUUUUUAAAAAUAAUGUUGCUUUCAACAAAGAUAUUCCUGAAAACGAUAAUUAAAUUUUUUAAAAUAUUCAUUUAUUAGGUAAAUUAAAUUUUAAAUUUGAUCAAAUGAAAGAAUUUUAAAUCUAUUAUCCGAAAAAUAAUUUUGGUAAUGUUAUUAAAGCUUACAAAAAAAUUCAAAAUUAAAAAUACACAAAACAUAAAGUUAAAAGAAAUAAAGCUAAUACAGAAUUUAAUACUCCAUAAAACUAAUAACAAAAUGAUAUAUUUAAAAAAAUAUAGAAUUUAGAUUAAAAUAGUAAUAUUACUAAAAAUUGA